GAGUGCUUUCCCCCAUCUGGUUCUUCACUUGACCUCUGUUCUACACACUCCAUUUACAACUCCAAGAAAACCGAGCCCAAGUACAGCAGAACACCAUGGCCGAUGACGCGCAACAGCUGGUAGCUGAGGACUCUCACGAUGACGAUGCGUCCUCCAUCGCUGGCUACUCCUUCGACAAUUCGCUAGCCUCUUUACGCUCUAGUAUUUACAACUAUCGUCGAGAGAACGGUCGGACUUACCAUAGUCUCAGCGAUGGAAAAUACCGGGCUCCUAAUGAUGAGAGGGAACAAGACCGCCUGGACCUAAACCACCAUCUCUGGAUUCUAACCUGGGACAAUAACCUGUGUCUCAGCCCGAAGAAGCACGGUGCCAAAAGGGUUCUAGACGUCGGCACCGGCACCGGAAUCUGGGCACAGGAUUACGCCGAUCAGUUUCCCGAAGCAAUGGUUAUUGGCGUUGACCUGAGCCCAAUCCAGCCCGAUUUCGUGUCUCCUAAUUGCACUUUCGAGGUUGAUGACAUUGAAAAAGAAUGGACUUGGAAGGUGCCUUUUGACUUCAUCUUCAUGAGGACCAUGUGUGGGAGUUUCUCCAGCUGGCCAGAUGUGAUUGCGCAGGCAUAUGAAAACCUUGAGCCUGGGGGCUACCUUGAGCUUCAGGACAAUAUGUUCCCACUGAUGUGUGACGAUGACACCAUGACCGAGGACUUUAUGCCCUUGAAAUGGACAAAGUAUUUGGUCGAGGCUGGUGAUAAGAUAGGCCAGGUAGCGAAUGCUGCUUCUAGCUAUAGAAGUAUGCUGGAGGAUGCUGGCUUUGUGGAUGUUGUAGAGAAGAAAGAAAAGUGGCCUUUCAACCCGUGGGCCAAGGACGAGAAACAUAAGGCGCUUGGGUAUUGGACUCAAGAGUCUGCCAUGAAGGGAAUCGAAGCAGUCUCGAUGGCAUCGUUCACUCGUAUUCUCAAUUGGAGUCCUGAAGAGGCAAGAGUCUUCUGCGCCGAGGUCAGGAAUGAGCACACAAAGAUUGGGGUCCACGCGUACUACGAUGUUUAUGCCGUCUGGGGCCGAAAGCCUGAGGAGGCGGAAGAGAAGGAGGAGGAGAGCCAUCCGUAGGUUAGGACAACGGCGUCUUACACAGAAUCCACGGACUCUGUAUCUGUCAUGUUCUUUUUUUUUGGAACAGAUACAUUUGAGAAAACGUGGGUGUCUGAGAUGACAAGGCUGGAAUGUUCAGACGUCAUCGAGAAGGUUCAGCAUCUUCGAGCUAUAGCUAGGUUUCAUAUCCAGAUAACAAUGAUUAUGCGUCUUUUGGC